AUGGCUCCAUCCCUCACUCUUGCAGCUGCUCUCUUGGCUCCACCCCUUACUCCUGCAGCUACUCUCCUGGCUCCAUCCCUCACUCCUCCAGCUGCUCUUCUGGCUCCAUCCCUCACUUCUACACCUGCUCUCUGGGCUCCAUCCCUCACUCCUGCAGCUGCUCUCCUUCCUUCAUCCCUCACUACUGCAGCUGCUCUCUGGGCUCCAUCCCUCACUCCUGCAGUUGCUCUCCUGGCUCCAUCCCUCACUCCUGCAGCUGCUCUCCUGGCUCCAUCCCUCACUCCUGCAGCUGCUCUCCUGGCUCCAUCCCUCACUCCUGCAGCUGCUCUCCUGGCUCCAUCCCUUACUCCUGCAGCUGCUCUCCUGGCUUCAACCCUCACUCCUGCAGCUGCUCUCCUGGCUCCAUCCCUCACUCCUGCAGCUGUUCUCCUGCCUCCAUUGCUCAUUCCUGCAGCUGCUCUCCUGGCUCCAUCCCUCACUCUUGCAGCUGCUCUCUUGGCUCCACCCCUUACUCCUGCAGCUGCUCUCCUGGCUCCAUCCCUCACUCCUCCAGCUGCUCUUCUGGCUCCAUCCCUCACUUCUACACCUGCUCUCUGGGCUCCAUCCCUCACUCCUGCAGCUUUUCUCCUGGCUCCAUCCCUGUCUUCUACACAUGCUCUCCUGGCUCCAUCCCUAAAUCCUACACCUGCUCUCUGGGCUCCAUCCCUCACUCCUGCAGCUGCUCUCCUGGCUCCAUCCCUCACUGCUGCAGCUGCUCUCCUGGCUCCAUCCCUCACUCGUACACCUGCUCUCCUGGCUCCAUCCCUCACUCCUACACCUGCUCUCCUUUUUCCAUCCCUCACUCCUGCAGCUGUUCUCCGGGCUCCAUUGUUCAUUCCUGCAGAUGCUCUCUUGGCUCCACCCCUUACUCCUGCAGCUGCUCUCCUGGCUCCAUCCCUCACUCCUGCAACUGCUCUCCUGGCUCCAUCCCUCACUCCUGCAGCUGCUCUCCUGGCUCCAUCACUCACUCCUGCAACUGCUCUCCUGGCUCCAUCCCUCACUCCUGCAGCUGCUCUCCUUCCUUCAUCCCUCACUCCUGCAGCUGCUCUCUGGGCUCCAUCCCUCACUCCUGCAGUUGCUCUCCUGGCUCCAUCCCUCACUCCUGCAGCUGCUCUCCUGGCUCCAUCCCUCACUCCUGCAGCUGCUCUCCUGGCUCCAUCCCUCACUCCUGCAGCUGCUCUCCUGGCUCCAUCCCUCACUCCUGCAGCUGCUCUCCUGGCUUCAACCCUCACUCCUGCAGCUGCUCUCCGGGCUCCAUCCCUCACUCCUGCAGCUGUUCUCCUGGCUCCAUUGCUCAUUCCUGCAGCUGCUCUCCUGGCUCCAUCCCUCACUCUUGCAGCUGCUCUCUUGGCUCCACCCCUUACUCCUGCAGCUACUCUCCUGGCUCCAUCCCUCACUCCUCCAGCUGCUCUUCUGGCUCCAUCCCUCACUUCUACACCUGCUCUCUGGGCUCCAUCCCUCACUCCUGCAGCUGCUCUCCUUCCUUCAUCCCUCACUACUGCAGCUGCUCUCUGGGCUCCAUCCCUCACUCCUGCAGUUGCUCUCCUGGCUCCAUCCCUCACUCCUGCAGCUGCUCUCCUGGCUCCAUCCCUCACUCCUGCAGCUGCUCUCCUGGCUCCAUCCCUCACUCCUGCAGCUGCUCUCCUGGCUCCAUCCCUUACUCCUGCAGCUGCUCUCCUGGCUUCAACCCUCACUCCUGCAGCUGCUCUCCUGGCUCCAUCCCUCACUCCUGCAGCUGUUCUCCUGCCUCCAUUGCUCAUUCCUGCAGCUGCUCUCCUGGCUCCAUCCCUCACUCUUGCAGCUGCUCUCUUGGCUCCACCCCUUACUCCUGCAGCUGCUCUCCUGGCUCCAUCCCUCACUCCUCCAGCUGCUCUUCUGGCUCCAUCCCUCACUUCUACACCUGCUCUCUGGGCUCCAUCCCUCACUCCUGCAGCUUUUCUCCUGGCUCCAUCCCUGUCUUCUACACAUGCUCUCCUGGCUCCAUCCCUAAAUCCUACACCUGCUCUCUGGGCUCCAUCCCUCACUCCUGCAGCUGCUCUCCUGGCUCCAUCCCUCACUGCUGCAGCUGCUCUCCUGGCUCCAUCCCUCACUCGUACACCUGCUCUCCUGGCUCCAUCCCUCACUCCUACACCUGCUCUCCUUUUUCCAUCCCUCACUCCUGCAGCUGUUCUCCGGGCUCCAUUGUUCAUUCCUGCAGAUGCUCUCUUGGCUCCACCCCUUACUCCUGCAGCUGCUCUCCUGGCUCCAUCCCUCACUCCUGCAGCUGCUCUUCUGGCUCCAUCCCUCACUUCUACAGCUGCUCUCUGGGCUCCAUCCCUCACUCCUGCAGCUUUUCUCCUGGCUCCAUCCCUGACUCCUACAUAUGCUCUCCUGGCUCCAUCCCUCACUCCUACACCUGCUCUCUGGGCUCCAUCCCUCACUCCUGCAGCUUUUCUCCUGGCUCCAUCCCUCACUCCUACACAUGCUCUCCUGGCUCCAUCCCUCACUCCUGCAGCUUCUCUCCUGGCUCCAUCCCUCAUUCUUGCAGCUGCUCUCCUGGCUCCAUCCCUCACUCUUGCAGCUGCUCUCCUGGCUCCAUCCCUCACUCCUACACCUGCUCUCCUGGCUCCAUCCCUCACUCCCGCACGUGCUCUCCUGGCUCCAUCCCUCACUCCUGCACCUGCUCUCCUGGCUCCAUCCCUCACUCCUGCAGCUGCUCUCCUGGCUCCAUCCCUCGCUCCUGCAGCUGCUCUCCUGGCUCCAUCCCUCACUCCUACACCUGCUCUCCUGGCUCCAUCUCUCACUCCUACACCUGCUCUCCUGGCUCCAUCCCUCACUCCUGCAGCUUCUCUCCUGGCUUCAUCCCUCACUCCUGCAGCUGCUCUCCUGGCUCCAUCCCUCACUCCUGCAGCUGCUCUCCUGGCUCCAUCCCUCACACCUGCAGCAGCUCUCCUUGCUCCAUCCCUCACUCCUGCAGCUGUUCUCCUGGAUCCAUCCCUUACUCCUUCAGCUGCUCUCCUGGCUCCAUCCCUCACUCCUGCAGCUGCUCUCCUGGCUCCAUCCCUCACACCUGCAGCAGCUCUCCUUGCUCCAUCCCUCACUCCUGCAGCUGUUCUCCUGGAUCCAUCCCUUACUCCUUCAGCUGCUCUCCUGGCUCCAUCCCUCACUCCUGCAGCUGCUCUCCUGGCUCCAUCCCUCACUCCUGCAGCUGCUCUCCUGGCUCCAUCCCUCACUCCUGCAGCUGCUCUACUUGCUCCAUCCCUCACUCCUACACCUGCUCUCCUGGCUCCACCCCUCACUCCUGCAGCUGCUCUCCUGGCUCCCUCCCUCACUCCUACACCUGCUCUCAGGGCUCCAUCCCCUUUACACUGUUUAGAAGUGGAUGCCAAACCCGGCAAAGCAAAUCAUAAAUGGAAUGUUGCUUAUUCAGACCCUGCUAAAAGACGGGCAGUUUGGGGAAUGCUUCAUACUUUCAGGGGUGCGGUUUAA